AUGUCGCCCACAGCCCCACCUUCCUAUCCCCGACCAGACUUCCUCCGCGAAGACCUGACAUGGACAUCUCUCAAUGGCCCCUGGUCUUUCCUCUUCGACGACAAUGAUGUCGGACUGAACCAAGGAUGGCAUUUGACCAACCUUCCGGACAAGAUUACCGUAAACCCCAUCAACACAAAUAGCGCCGAGAACACCGAAGCCCACAGCAUCACAGCCAAGAUAGCUGUUGGUACGCAAGAGUUGUUGCAGGGAAAUCAGUUCAAGAACGAGUACACUGUACACCAGAAGAGGGACAUACAGGUCCCGUAUGUAUUCCAAUGCCCUGCUUCGGGUAUCCAAGAGACAGGCGUGCACGAGGUGUUGUGGUACGAGAGGGUUAUCGAGGAUUUGAGAACUGCGGAAGAGAAGGCGGCUGGAAACCACGUAUUGCUAAGAUUCGGAGCCGUCGACUACGAAGCCAAAAUCUGGCUCAAUGGACGCUUCUUUGGUGGUCAUCGUGGUGGACACGUUCCCUUUGACAUUGACGUUACAGAUGCUUUCACGACUGAAGAGACCCAGAGACUCACUAUUCGGGUGUUUGAUUCUGCACACGAUUUGACUCAGCCGCGUGGAAAGCAGUACUGGAAGGCACAGCCGGAGAGUAUUUUCUACACACCCAGUGGCGGUAUCUGGCAAAGCGUCUGGCUUGAGUCAGUGCCUGUGGUAACGAUCGGAGAUGCAAGCGCGGGCACGCUAUUCAAGAGUAAUGACAUCGAAAGCGGCAAUUUGGAAGCCAGUAUCAAGAUCCUCGGGCGACCUGCUGGCCAUGCGUACAGUGUAGAGCUCGAAGCCAGCCUAGAAGGCAUAUCCGUCAGCAAGACAGGAAAGAUCUCGUUACCACGGGACUCAGACAACGUUUCCCUAAGCACCAAAAUGCGACUUUCAGACUCGCAGACUUCGCAACUACCUUCAAGUUUCACAUCCACCGCCCCGCUUUCCGACCCAACGGCAUGGCUCAACAACCUAGCCCUCUGGUCUCCGGAACACCCUACACUCUACGAUUUGACUAUCAAUCUAUACGACAGUGAAGACAAGAUUGUUGACAAAGUCCACACAACAACCGGCAUGCGCUCUCUCCACUGGGACAAUUCUACCUUCCGUCUAAACAACAAGCCCUACUUCCAAGCUCUCUUCCUCGACCAAGGCUACUGGCCCGAAACCUUCAUGACACCCCCAUCCUCGGACGCACUAAAGCUAGACAUCGAAUUGACCAAGAAAAUGGGUUUCAACGGAUGCCGCAAGCACCAAAAAGUCGAAGACCCAUUAUUCCACUACUGGGCUGAUCGUCUUGGCUUGCUAGUCUGGGGCGAAAUGGCAAAUGCAUACGCCUUCUCGGAAGCGUACGUAGAGCGCAUGGAUCAAGAGUGGCGGGAGGCGGUUCUGCGGGAUCGUAACCAUCCUUGCGUAGUCGCUUGGACGCCCGUCAAUGAGUCGUGGGCGUACACUGAUCUGCAUACGAGCAAGCAGCAGAGAGAUCACAUCAGGAGCUUGUACUAUGCAACCAAGGUGCUGGAUUCCACAAGACCCAUCAACGACAACUGUGGCUGGGAACAUGUCAUCACGGAUUUGACCACGUUCCACGACUACGCGGACGCGGACGAGCUUACAAAGACUUGCUCGACGUUAGAAGGCAUCAUGAAGAAGCAGUCAAAUCGACCAACUUUCCUUGCACCUAUUGAGAGCUUGUCGGAUCCAGGAUCGAAGCAUACGCCUGGUGCACCAGUCAUUUGCACUGAAUUCGGUGGCGUCAACAUUGCGAGGGAGGCAGCGGGUGGAGAAGAGGAUAGAAAGAGGGACUGGGGCUACACCACUGCGACAGACCCCAAGGACCUGCUCAAACGCAUUGAGAAGAUGAUGACAGGGAUUGUCGAUGGAGGGCAUUGCUGCGGAUUCGUAUACACGCAGCUUACAGAUAUCGAGCAAGAGGUCAAUGGAGUAUACACACCCGACCGAAAAGAGAAAUUGGAUGCCACGGAGGUGAAGAAAGUGGUCGAGCGCGUCAUGGAGAAGUAUGCGCAAAUGCACAAGUAA